GUCGUUUCGGUGCGAUGCGGUCUUUCCAAGAACCUCACCAACACCUGCAGCAGUCCUCUUACGGACAUGUGAACACUUGGCACUCUUGUCAUGUUUCACGUGCGCUUUUCCCUCGCAUCCAUUGGCACAGUCCGACGUCAUGUGACCAAUGCCACGAUACCUACAUACGUAGACGAUGCUGAGGACAUCUUUGCGGAUCGACUACAUGCUCACAUACAUGCAUGCUCACAGACUCACAUAAACGAGAUGCACACAGCAUGAUCAGGCCACCACCUGAGUUUUGAUACACCAGUGUAUCGAUUACAUGCGUACGUACAACGUACUGACGUACUGACAUAGCCAAGUAGUACCCUCUCCCCAGACAUAUGAAAGCUGUUCCAUUCAAGCUUGGCAAUGCUUCGUCUUCACGCCUUCAUGUAACAAUCUAAUACCUGAGCCAAGAGAUAGCAGAGCAUCUUCCGCCUUACCCACAAGGGCUGGCCGGGCCUACAAUCGUCUAUUUCUGACCUAUUUGAUAUCGACAUUACUCCAAAUAGCAGUCCAGGUACCAAUGUGAUGGUCGUGAAGCCUGAGGUGUUGCCGGCCAGACUUUUCCCGGCUGAUAUACUCUCGCUACGUUCAUGAACGUCCUUGGGGUAAGUCGGGCUAGGGAAUCAGGGCAACAUGAGUGUCCUGGCUCUCGGAAGGCCUUGGGGAUCUUGUCGAUCCAUGAAUAGUCGUGGCGACUUCCUAUUUCUUAAGAUGAUGAUACUGACUUGAUUCUGAUUUCCCGUCAGUCUUCGCUUCGCUUCUCUUUUCUGUUACUUUCCUUUUGUUCUGUCAAUUGCUGUUCUUGAUUUACUUUCCUUUCUACUCCUUUGUUGAGAGUGUGCUCCACGCCGGUGUUUCCCUAGACUGGUUUCUACCUGCAGAUUCGUUCUUCACUUUUGCUGCCCGAGGCACUUGCCACUCCGAUACAGUGUUUUCUACAAUCGCUAUGGAACGACAUGUAGAUGAACGAGAUCCAGCCCACGAUGAUGAUACGAGGGCAGGAUAUGAAAACUUCACCAAGCUACCCAUGCGUAGCGAUUAUCCGUCCAAUCCAAACGAGCUGGCUGCUACUCUCCAGAUGAUUGAGAAGAUUAGAGAGUCGCUCUUGGAGCAGUCAGAGAGGUUGACACUCCAAGCGCCACGUACGCCGCGUACACCUCGUACACCACGCACUCCUCUAAGAAUGAGAUCUCCAGGAGCCCGUCCAGAUUCCCAAACAAAUCCAGUCCCUCCUCUUCCCACCAACAUAAAUACGAACUUCUAUGGCAAACAAGAUGCCAGGCAACUGGCAUUUGUUGAAAGAGAAUUUGAUCAGCGUACAUUUGAACACAGAGACGUCAAUCUGCCCGAGUACGAUGGUAGAGACACUAAGGGGUCUUCCAUUGAUGAACGGCGCCUCACACAGGCUGCUUUGGAAGGCAGGAACCGCCAGCAGACCCCUAUUUCGGAGCAUGAGGUACAGUUCCCCAAGGAACUUCCUCCAAGGGAGCCAAAGGAGCAAAGACAGAGCAUAUGGCGUAAAUCUCUACACCACAUGGACCCCGCCAACCGACGCACCAGUACUAUGCUUUUCGGCCCCGGUGGUCCUGCAACACAGACAGAUCCCGUAUAUCCAGCUGGCCCAAACGAUUGGAAGAGCGAAGGAUCUGGCAUGGUUGUACGACACGAUUAUCUGUACAAGCUUUCCAAGGCACUCAUGCUUUAUGGUGCACCCGGUCAUAGGCUAGAGAGAUAUCUUUCGAUGACGGCAGUGGCACUGAAAACAAGCGUCGACUUCACCUUCUUGCCUGACAGUUUGACUAUGUACAUCGAUGACGAAAAGAACCAUACUGGCUAUACCAGGCUCAUCAAGGGGGCAGGAACAGAUCUUGGGCGAUGGCUUGACGCACAUAACGUCUCCAAGCAUGUCAUCAAUAACGACAUGACCAUCGAGGACGGCAUAUACGAGCUGAACGAGAUUUCCAAAAGAAAGCCAGCCCAUAGCGAUUGGUUUCUUCUUUUCAUCUAUGGUCUUGCUGGUAUUGGUAUUGCUCCUUUCGCUUAUGGUGCACGAUUUGUGGACCUACCACUAUGCUUCGUGUUGAGCGUUAUGCUGGGAGUUAUGCAGAUCAAACUUGCGCCCCGCAAUCACCUAUACUCGGUUCUCUUUGAGGUCUCGGCCGCAAUAAUCUUCUCGUUUUUAGGUCGUCUGCUCGGCUCCAUCACCACCACAGAAGGUAAUCGGGUCUUCUGCUACGGAGCCAUCAGCGAGGCUGCUAUCAACCUCAUUCAGCCGGGCUAUUGGAUCACAAACGCGUGUCUCGAACUCAUGAACCGCCAAAUUGCCACCAGUGGAGCUCGCCUUAUGUACGCUUUGGUCUAUGCACUAUUGCUGGCUUACGGUGUGUCUGUUGGCUCUUCGCUGUACGGUAUCAUCGAUCAUGACGCAGUCGCAAGUACAGUUUGCGAGGACCAGAUGAGUCCUUUCUGGAAUCUCCUUUUCGUCCCCUUCUUCUCAUGUCAAGUCGCAAUCCUCGGUGGUGCGAAGUGGAAGCAGCUACCUGCAAUGGUUUUCAUCACCUUCUCCAUGUACUCCGCUUUCUUUUUCAGUUCAAUGUUUGCCCGUGGUUCCUUCACCGUGGGCACAACUGCGGGAGGCAUCACCAUGGCACUUCUUGGGAAUGCUUACGGUCGAAUGGGUCGCAAAAUCGAACGGGUGUUUGAGAAUAUGUUCGGUUCGGGUUCCAGCUCGACAUCUUCGGCAUCCAGUCAAGCCGGUAGCAAUGGCGGCAGCUACGCUUCCGAUCCAGAGCGCACGGGCUCAGUGUCUAUGAAUGGAAGCAUGAAAAGUGAAAAGGCGCACAUUGGAUACACCUGUGCGGCCGCAACCAUGGUACCUGCCAUGAUCGUGCUCGUACCCAGUGGGUUGGCCAACAGAGGGUCGCAUCUCGCCGGCAUUUUGGCUGCUGAAUCGAUCGUUCGAAACCAAACGGGUGUCCCAGCAUUCCCCGCCAUAGAUUCUGAGGUCUUCACUGCGGCGUUGCCCAUCUAUCUCAAUGUCAUACAAGCCGGUCUGGGCAUCGCCGUCGGGCUGUCGAUCGGAGCGUUCAUGGUGUAUCCAUUUGGAAAGAGUCGCAGCUGGGUCAUGAGCUGGUAG